AUGGAGAACUUUGAGUCAGGUAUCCCCGGGUGCAGUGCCGUCCCCUGGUCACUAAAAUUGCUGUUUGCAGCUAGGAUGAUCGGGUGGUCGGGCAGUAAACCCAGAAUCUUGGCCCCUACUUUUACUUUUUUAAAACAUUUUUUCCUGUUAACCCUACUUGCCCCACAUUUUCAACUAACUUUAACCCAGCCCAGAUAACUAAAUAAUUUAAAAUAUUUAAAUAACUAAUUAGAUGAAAUUAACCCCUGAGGGUUUAAAAAAAAAUAAAAAAUCAGAUCACCGUAAAAUAAUGUGAUUUGUAUUUCGAUCACUGCUGGCAGUGAUCAAUUGGUAGUGAAAGGGUUACAUUUUAUUAGAAUGGGGUAAGGGGAGGGAUGGGAUGUUUUACUAACACUUUUUAUGUUUCAUGGAGAAGCAAAUGAGCACUGAUCUGUCUCCCUCCACUUCACACUUCACACGGAGGUGGAUUGGUAGUUUCUGCAGCACAUGUGAUAACAUGAACUGGUACAUUGUUAUUGACUGCUACUUGUCUUCCUUGAACACUGAGGCAGACUGCAGCAGCAUUGACCCCAUGAUUGCUGUUAUUUGGGUGAUCCAGAGUUAAUUUAAGUAAAUGACAGAAAUUUUCUGUCCCACGUCCUUAAGGGUAAUUCUGCAAUGAUGGGCAUCGCAAAUGGGUUAACUCUUAAAUUGAGCAGUGAAACUUCAGAGGCAUGAUCUAUACAUUAAAACUGCUUGAUUAAACUCAAGUUGUUUUUAAGACUAUAGUUUCCCGUUAAUGUAUAUUUACACAACAUUGCCCCAGAUACUGGGAUAUAGGGUUAUGUUAAUGGAUGGUUACAUCACAUGGCUCCAGAUAAUGGGAUCUACAGUUAUAUUAACUGCUGUUUUGGUCUGAAUUUUUUUUAAAUUUUUUUUUUACUCCACACAGUGGGAGUCUGCUCUUUCAGUUCACUUCUAUUUACUGGACAUUGUGACACAUUUAGCUGUGAUUAUUGCUGAGUUGGGCAAUCUUUCUGUAUUGGACACUGUUGUCUACAUUUUUAGAUUUUAAUUAAUUGCAAUUACAGGGUUAUUCAGUGAAUUGUCAGCAAUUUUCCAGGGAAUUUAUAGGAGGCUGAGCUAGAGACAUAACUGACUUACAGUUUAGCACUCUUAGUCUAAAGCAGGGGUAGGCAACCUACGGCACUAGUGCCAUGCACGGCACUCAAGGCUGCUAGAGCCAAAUAGGCCCUGGCCUAUCAGGAGUCCCAGUAAAACUUCAGAUAUCUGCUAAUACAAAGAGGUGGUGAAGGACAAUCCUCAAUUUAUGCAUUGCAGCACGUAGAGUAAGUGAUCUCAGAGCACUUCAUUCCAGCACUUGUGAAUGGGAAUCCACACAGUAGUAGAGCAGCCUGCAGCUGCUGUUACUGCUCCUGUCCUUGACCUGUACCUGGCCGGCCUGGUCCCCACUGGAACCCAGGGAAGCCACCCACACUGCUAGAUAUACACAGAAAUGCAGAAAGACCCUCCCCUCAUACAAAUAAUACGGACAGCCCACACACAAACAUACACACAAUCCACUAACUAACAAUCCACAUACAUGCACACAACCUCACAUGCAGCCUCUCACAUGCUAUACUACCAAACACACAAUGUGACAUAUCCAUCCACACACACAAUUCCACAGGCUGCCCCCAUACACAGCCCACAUUCAUAUGUAUCAUACACGAUACCACAAUCUACUCAUGAACAUAUACAAUAUAAGAGCUCAUAUACGCACAAAUACAACGAUACAAAGCAAUUACAGUAUAAAUAACACAAGCAGAAUACGGCAGCAUACACACCAAUUUAAAACAAUAGGACCAGCAUGCUACGGGACAUCACAAUCCUAUAUCGGCACAGUGCUGCUAAAAGGUUGCCUACCCCUGGUCUAAAGUUUGAAAUUCCCUGUAUGUACGUCAACAGGAUUAGUCACUACAGUGAGAAUUACUGGGCGUUCAAAAAAAACACAACUGACUUGAAGAAUUUGUCUGUUUUUGCUAUUUUGUCCUACAUUUUUAAAGGGAUACUAUUGGCAUCAAAAUGUGAACACCUGACAAUUCAAACUUUGCUGAAUGAUCCUUCAUAGUGACUGAGCCUGACUGUAUGAUGGUAAAUUGUCAAUGGAAAAUGAUCUCUAAAACACCAAAUAAAUUCUUGUACUUUUUGUAGGUGAUAAGACGAGCCAGCGUCAGGAACCUGUGGUCAUCCUACUGGGAUGGGGAGGAUGUAAAGACCGUCUUUUGGCCAAAUAUAGCACCAUCUACCAUAAGCAGGUAACUACUGCCAUAGACCUAUAUGUAUGGAAUAUACAUUCAAAGAGUAACAAGUGUGUUGGAUAUUUUUCAACCAAGCUUAUACAUAUCGGCUAUUUAACAGAUUCUAAUUUCAGUUCACCAAAAUUCAAUGUCUAGAAAACACCAUUGUAUUUAAUUAAUAACCAAUUUCUGACAUCAAACUUGGGGAAUGUCAUGCAAAUGAUAGAGCACCAUAACCACUACAGCCAAUGGAAGCUGCUUAGAGGACCCCAGGUAAAUUAUCAGGCUGUUCUUAAGUGGUUGAAUUUCUUGUGCUGGAAGUGGACUGUAGUGGUUAUGCUGCUUAGAAUGUUCCUUAAACCACUCAAUAUCCGGUAGAAUGAAAUCUUCUCAGUGUGAGAUAUACUUAGUACCUGAUGCUCUCCCUCUUCUGGACAGCCGUGUUUUCGUCUGCCAUUUUUUGGUCUGUCUCUUAAGCGCAUGUCCGCUUCAGGUUCCAGGAGCCCUGUCUUUUAUGUAUUCUUGCACAUGCAUGCAAGUAUAAAAUAAGGACCUAUGGAAAAACCUGCAAAGUGUGGGAAUCUUCCAUAGAUUGUCUUGCGCAUGCACUGUAUAGAUGUCAUAGGUAUCUCUUGCGCAUUGUGUGAGAAUUUCAUAUGGGCGAAAUGGAUAUCCUACCAGUACACCUAUAAAUGCUGACAAGUGGAUAGGUUGCUACAUUUAGGGAUACAAAAUAACAUUGUUAUGGUAGUCUACGUAUAAAUGUAUCUAAUAGGGCUGGUGGAAUACUUUAAAAGCCGAGGUGCCACAGAGUGCCCAGGACUUGUCUCCCUCUGGAACUAUUUCAGAGAAAUGAAUUAUUACAUGGUGACAUUGUUUUAAUAGGAGCACAGGCUUGCAUCAUAUGGCUCUCAGAUAUGUCUGUCUGUAAAAUACCAAUUUUGACAUUUCCACUUUUCCCUUGCACAAUAUACUGAACACAUCAGGUCUUAUGCUUCUCACAUGGAAGUAACGCAAUGCAGUUUUGCAAUUUGUUCGUUCUUUAAAUUGCUUAACAUAGGUAUAACGUCCAAGCUAAUUAGCUUUAUGUUUUACAAGAAAAAAUGGUUCAGACAUUUUAUGGGGCUCAUUUUCUUAGCUGGGAAUUGUUGCAAGGUUUGGGCCAAAUUAGCCAAAAUAAAUGAGCUGCAUAAUAUUUCCAAUGUGGCAAUUUUGGCCUCAAACUUGUAAUUCCCAUGACAAUUCUUCAUAAUGCCCAAUUUACUUUUUAAGUGCUUAUAUAUCCCUUUUCCUUAUCCAUCUUAGUGUUUCCUCAUAUAUUUUUAAAUAAGAAUUGUAGCCCUAUGUACAACUUUCCAUAUUGCAGAAUAUUUCUUAGUUAGGAACCCAUAUUGCAUCAUCGACUGUCUACCAAAUCCAGUACUCUUGGGCAGAUAAAGCUGGAUGUGUGCCUUCAGAAUUCAUGCGAUUUAUGGGACUUGUAGUUUUAGUCAUUAAAGGGACUCUCCACACCCCUUGCUGAAGUGCUCGGCAGUCAAACAGACAGCAGGUUUUAUUACUUCUUGGUCGUUUAGCUUAGUGGAGCACCUGCCUUGCAAAGACUUCUCAUUGGACAGCCACAGAAAGUCAGAGCGGGUUUACAAGGGGUGGACAAAGGCAAAAGCUGUAGACAAGAGAUGUGCAGUUUAUUUUAAUAUUUUUAUUUUUACAGUGCAGUGACAUUUUCAAAGACAGGAGUAGACAUCAUUGGGGUGAGCUGCGUUCCUCUUACCCAUGCUACUAAGUAGGCAUCAACUAGGCCUCAGAGCUCUAUCGAGUGUCCUACACCAGACGUGGUCAGAGAUGCUCAUUGAGUCCUCCUCUUGAUCCCCCAGACUAACAAUGGAAAUGUCAGGUGUUAAAACGGUCAGCAAAUCUGUUACUAUUAGGAAAGUCUAGUUUUCUCCUUGAGCUCAGCUAAUCUGUAUCCAAUCAGCAUGGAAGUCAGGCCCCAUCCUGGAUCUGCAGCUUCUGCAAGCUGUUUUUAGAUAUACCGUUUUUGAUAUAAAAUGCAUAAUUAAAUGCAUGCAUAUAUUCAUUGAGGUUCAUAUCUACUAAAUAGUGAGUUUUAUUUUUAUAUUUGGGCAGUGGAGUGCCCCUUUCACCUGGAAAUGCUGGAGUACAAACCGAGUAAUUGCAAGUUUUUGUUCAAAAUAAUUCAAAAAUCUUUUCGCUCUCUUAAUAAGUUGCAAUUCCUUUUGUUAAUUUUCCACAUUACAAAAUCUAGGGAAUAAAUUGCUUUGCUGUUUUGAUGUGCAUUCGAGUGUGCAUAGUGUUAUAUUGAUUUAUUAAUUGCACGUCUUUCACUAAUUUUCCAUCUUUUCGUUUACAUAGGGUUGCUUUGUCAUCCGAUACACAGCUGCAUGGAGGACCGUCUUCAUCUCCGAGUCUUUUGGAUUCAGUACUCUUCGGGAACAGGCAGAAAAACUCCUCAAGCUGCUUUUUGAUUAUAAAUUGGAAAAAUGCCCUGUUAUGUUCCAUGUUUUCAGCAAUGGUGGCUUCAUGCUGUACCGCUAUAUUUUAGAGCUACUUCAUUCUCAUCGCCAGCUGAGCAAAUUGCACGUUGUAGGGACUAUCUUUGAUAGUGCCCCAGGCAACCGCAACGUGCGCGGCUCAGUUAGAGCCCUGAACGUCAUCCUUAAACCCAACACUAAUGUUUUACUGCGAUUCCUGGGGCUUGCCGCUUUUUGCCUUAUGGUAAUUGUGGUGAGGAUUAUCUUGUACCCACUAACCAGACUCCUCCAUGAGAAUCACUAUGACGCCAUGAAAAAGGACACUUCGCCUUGGCCACAGUUGUAUCUUUACUCAAAAGCAGAUCCCAUCAUCUCUUACCUCGAUGUGGAGAGUAUGAUAGCUUUGCGCAGGUCUAGGCAGCUGCCGACUAAGGCGUUCGACUUUGAGAAAUCGGAGCAUGUAGAGCAUUACCGAAGGUACCCGGAGAGGUACUCUGAGAUCUGCACUUCCUUUUUAAAGGACUGUCUCGUUGAAGCCAAGGGCUCUUCUGUUCAUGAUUGAGCUGCCUCUCUCUUAGUUAAUUGACCACUUGUUGAAAACCGUCAUGGCAGUAAUUGUAAAAGAAAAAAAAAGAAAAAACUGUUAAAUGUAGUGGUGAUGGCGCAAAUGUUCUUUGAGCGCCACCCCUCCUCCCCCCAUCUUCUUAUGGAACUUAAACCCUGGCUCGUGCAAGCAUGACCAGCCAUGUUAUUCAGCAAAGAUGGGCUGCAAACAUUAGCCUGCCCCUACACCAAAGUUGGGCAGGUGAUUUGUGUGUUUGUCUUUACAUUAUCUGCAUCGUAGUAGAAAGGGUGGACCAAAAGUACUGAGUGUUCCACAGUUUUUGGGCAGCGGCAUCCACAGAAUCUUUGCGCCAUAACUGCUGCAAUGAGCUACAGUAGUUCUGGUACUCAAAGUGCCUCUUUAACAUUUAAUACUUUUGCCUUAUCUAAGUUGUGUUGUCAUGAGCUGUUCACCCCUCUAGCAGAGAAAUUGUUAAUGAAUAACCUGACACACACAAACCUGUGAUUUGAUUCUCUGUUUAGUUAUUUUGGAGAAGGGGUGCUGAAAUUCCUGAUCCCCAGCUAUUGAUGAACUACAAAUCCCAUUAUCCUUUUCCAGCAAAAAAUGAAGACGGCAAGUGGCUUCCAUACAUUCACAGGAGUUGUAUUUCACAAAUCGCUGGGGAUUUGUAUUUUGAAAUGAAGGCUUUAUUGAAACAGGAAAACUGACUAAUAUUUAGUUUAUGUAAGAGGAAUACACACAAGUACACUUUGUACAGAGCAACAGAAAUCAGGUGUAUGUCAACUACUAACAAUAUCCUGUAUUAAACUUCAAAGAAAUUAUCAGUGUUUAUAACUCCUGCAAGAUUAGCUGUGAAAUAAAAUGUCAUUGUAAUUCUGAGCUUCUUUUUCCUGGGGGGGAUCUCGUUUGAAGAUAAAAUAUUGCAACUGUGCCAUGUAUUGGGUGAAAAGAUAACUUUUUUAAAAGUAGAAAUAUUACAUGUGCAUCGGUG